CCAGCUCGCGACCACCGCACCUCGCCCAGCCGCUCCGCCGCCGCGCCACACUCCCGCUCAGCUCACCAUGGAUGACGAUAUCGCCGCUCCCGUCCUUGGCCCUGGCCCAUCCGGCUGAUGCACGAGCGCCCGCUUCGCGGGCGACGAUGCCCCCCGGGCCGUCUUCCCCUCCAUCGUGGGGCGUCCGCGGCACCAGGGCGUGAUGGUGGGCAUGGGCCAGAAGGACUCGUACGUGGGCGACGAGGCCCAGAGCAAGCGUGGCAUCCUGACGCUCAAGUACCCGAUCGAGCACGGCAUCGUGACCAACUGGGACGACAUGGAGAAGAUCUGGCACCACACCUUCUACAACGAGCUGCGCGUGGCGCCCGAGGAGCACCCGGUGCUGCUGACCGAGGCCCCCCUGAACCCCAAGGCCAACCGCGAGAAGAUGACCCAGAUCAUGUUCGAGACGUUCAACACGCCGGCCAUGUACGUGGCCAUCCAGGCCGUGCUGUCCCUGUACGCCUCUGGCCGCACCACGGGCAUCGUGAUGGACUCCGGUGACGGGGUCACCCACACGGUGCCCAUCUACGAGGGCUACGCGCUGCCGCACGCCAUCCUGCGUCUGGACCUGGCCGGCCGGGACCUGACCGACUACCUCAUGAAGAUCCUCACGGAGCGCGGCUACAGCUUCACCACCACGGCCGAGCGCGAGAUCGUGCGGGACAUCAAGGAGAAGCUGUGCUACGUGGCGCUGGACUUCGAGCAGGAGAUGGCCACGGCCGCGUCCUCCUCCUCCCUGGAGAAGAGCUACGAGCUGCCCGACGGCCAGGUCAUCACCAUCGGCAACGAGCGCUUCCGUUGCCCCGAGGCGCUGUUCCAGCCCUCCUUCCUGGGCAUGGAGUCGUGUGGCAUCCACGAGACCACCUUCAACUCGAUCAUGAAGUGCGACGUGGACAUCCGCAAGGACCUGUACGCCAACACGGUGCUGUCGGGCGGCACCACCAUGUACCCCGGCAUCGCCGACCGCAUGCAGAAGGAGAUCACCGCCCUGGCGCCCAGCACCAUGAAGAUCAAGAUCAUCGCGCCCCCGGAGCGCAAGUACUCGGUGUGGAUCGGCGGCUCCAUCCUGGCCUCGCUCUCCACCUUCCAGCAGAUGUGGAUCAGCAAGCAGGAGUAUGACGAGUCGGGCCCCUCCAUCGUGCACCGCAAGUGCUUCUAGGCGGACUGUUAGCCGCAGUGGCGGGACACCCUCUCUCGACGAAACCUAACGCGCAGAAACGAGACGAGAUUGGCAUGGCUUUAUUCGUGUUUUUUUUUUUUUUCUUUUUUUGUUUUUUUUUUUUUUUGUUUUGGCGCUUUUGACUCAGGAUUUAAAAACUGGAACGGUGAAGGUGACAGCAGUCGUUGGAGCGAGCAUCCCCAAAGUCCCCAAAGUUCUGCAAUGUGGCCGAGGACUUUGAUUGUACAUUGUUUUUUUUUUUUUUUCUUUUGAUAGUCAUUCCAAAUAUCGUGAGAUGCCAUGUGACGGGAAGCCCCCGCCCCACUCCUGCCAAGGAGAAGGCGCAGUCCUCGCCCGCCCGGGGCCACCCAGGGGAGGCGGCAGCAUCGCAUUUGUGUAAAUUAUGUAAUGCAAAUUUUUUAAAUCUUCGCCUUAAUACUUUUUUUAAUUUUCUUUUUAUUUUGAAUGGUCAGCCAUCGUGGCCCCCCCUUUUUUGUCCCCCAACUUGAGAUGUAUGAAGGCUUUUGGUCUCCCUGGGAGUGGGUUGAGGUGUGGAGGCAGCCAGGGCUUCCCUGUACACUGACGAGACCAGUUCAAUAAAAGUGCACACCUGAACACA